UUUUAAAAAUAAUUUCCUGUUUCAUCAUAUCAUGACAUUGCAAUGCUGACGUGGCAUCCAACAAACGAAUCGAGUCCCACAAAUAUCGAUACAUGGCUGCCACGAGUCACUUUCUAGUAGGCGGUAGAAGGGACCAAGCAGCGGAUCCAGAGUCGACCAUGCGUAGGCAAGUGGUCGAACCUACGAAGAGACGCAAAGAACAGAUCAAGAGGAAGCGUACGCCGAGCGCCCCAAAAAAAAAAAACCCAAAACCGGCCUGGGUAAAUCGGACGGUCCGCAAACCCCCGCAUCAACUCCAAUCAAUCACACCCGUCGGCUUCACAACCUGUGGUUCUUGCCUACACCAUACCUUCCUUCCUAACGAGCAAUGCCCCCAAGCGAAGAAGGGGGGCGUUGUUUACUUGCUGCGCUCUAAGUUCGCGCAUCGCUUUCCUUCUCCCCCUUCAUCUCAAUCCGUGGAUUUUGCCGGCAUUGUGGGAUCGACGGCAGCGAUAUCUCCAGCGAGAUGACGAUGAGGCGGGUGGCGGCAUCGCUGGUGCCGCCCUGGCUGGAGCCCCUGCUCACGACCCCCUUCUUCUCGAUUUGUUCGGCUCAUGCGGAGGCCGCGCGCAACGAACGGAACAUGUUCUGUCUCGACUGCGGGGACACCGGCUCCGGUGCAUUCUGCCUCUAUUGUCGCUCGGAGCAACAUGCCGGGCAUCGCGUGAUUCAGAUACGGCGGUCGUCUUACCACGAUGUGGUUCGUGUGGCGGAGAUCCAGAAGGUUCUAGAGAUCGGGGGAGUUCAGACAUAUGUGAUCAACAGCGCGAGAGUUCUCUUCCUCAACGAGCGGCCCCAACCACGUCCCAGCGGGAAGGGUGCAUCCCCGCACACGUGUGAGAUCUGCGCGCGAUCGCUGCUCGAUCCCUUCCGGUUCUGCUCGCUGGGCUGCAAGUUAGUGGGAAUUAAGCGUAAUGGGGACGCGACCUUCGUGCCGCCGGGGGACGACGAAGAAGAGAGGCCGGCGGCGAGCAGCGCCGGGGGAGGAAGCCGGCGAUGGGAAGAGGGGGUGGAGGAGGAGCAGAACAAGGCGGUGGGUAGGUCACGCGACUUCCGCACGGCCACGCUUCCUAACUCACGGAGGCGGAAGGGGGUACCUCGCCGCGCCCCCUUCUCUUCCUGAUACAAUUUACCAAAAUACCCUUCCUUCCAUUUUCUCUUUCUAUCUCUAACACGCAAGGUAGACGGCGACGGCCAUGGCGGCAGAGGGAAAGAAAACAAACCAUCGAAGCCAAAAAAGAAAAAAAAAAAAAAAAAAAAAAAAAAAAAAAAAAGAAGAAAAGCUUACUUCCGGUA